AUGAUGGAGGAAGAAGCGAGGAGAGCGAAGAGAAGAGAAGAGAAGGACAGUAUAGAGCGGGUGCACGUGACAGUGCCCGAUGGGGAAAGUGGCAGCGGCUUCUCGUCGCAGCGACCGUCGCAUGGAAUCCCCCGCUACAGCGCGAAAGCAGAGCGGUCCGAGGAGGCACACCAACAAGAACUUCGGAAAAUCGAAAGUUAUCGGGAACUUGAUCAAUUAGUUCGCGGAAAGAUCGCAGAGCAUCAGUAUACACCCGAAACGCUGGAGAAAAUAUCCGAAUUACUGGGCAGAAACCCAGAGUACUACACCGUGUGGAACUACCGACGCCAGGUUCUGCGGCAUGAGUUCUCACGAGCACUGUCAAACGACUCGGAGGUUUCUGCAGCUGAUCAGAUCACUGAUUGUAUCAAAAAGGAUUUAAUGUUCUUGAUCCCGCUCCUACGCAGCUUUCCCAAGUGUUAUUGGAUCUGGGACUACCGGCUAUGGCUGCUCGACGAAGCCAAGCGCCUUCUUCCACUGCCUGUCGCUCGCAGAAUAUGGGAAGAGGAGCUUGCGUUAGCCGGCAAGAUGCUAAGUUUAGAUAGCAGAAACUUCCAUGGUUGGGGCUACCGGCACUUUGUUGUGCAAACCUUGGAGCAAUUGACGUCGAAAGAGACCGGCAAGGAUAGCAUGGCCCAGACCGAAUUCGAAUAUGCGAAGAAGAUGGUCGGCGCAAAUUUGUCGAAUUUCUCUGCCUGGCAUUAUCGGACGAAACUCAUGCAACGGCUCUUGGACGAGCAAUCCGCCAGCGACGAGGAACGAAGAAAGAUACUGGAUGACGAGCUUGAGCUCAUUCAUCGCGCACUUUGCGACCCAUAUGAUCAGUCGCUGUGGUUUUACCACCAAAAUCUCAUGUGCACCUUCGACCCGACACUGUCGGGGCAGACGAUGGCUCCCAAUCUAACGGAUCCCGAGCGGCUGGAGUACAUCCGACGAGAGAUUGAGGAAGUCGAAGAAAUGCUGGACGGUGCCGAAGACUGCAAGUACAUUUACCAGGCGCUGAUCGACUGUACGGUGUUGGCGUCCAAGGUGGAAGGCAGCAUGAGCAAUGAUGACCAGCAGAAAAUCCGGGGCUGGCUCUCCGAAUUGAAGCAGCUGGACCCGCUGCGACAGGGACGAUGGCUAGAUUUCGAGCGAUCACUGUGCAGGUGA